AUGGCUUUCGAACUCGGCGUUGUUAUGAGGGAUGUCCACGCAGCACUCGCUGGACACCCGUACCCCGUCAUUAUGUGGGGAGAAGAGGCAUUGAGAAGACUUGGCGCACCAAUCCCGCCUGGAUUGGACCAUGAAAUCAUGCUGGUGUUAGAGCCCUGCCAUAUGGAGGACGCUGCUCAGCGGCUCGAAGAAUCACGGUUCAAACGCGUAAACUGCUCAUUUGGGAUCCACGCAAAUGACCGCAUCCCUAUGCACGCCGCAGUCAAGAGGCAGAUCGCGCACGACUUCAACACCUUCGAUGAUUGGUCCGAGCACUACGUUUGCACGCGCGAGCACACCUCCAUGAAGGAGACGAUCAAACUGGCCCUCAUCCCGACGACGUACGCCCACAUCAGCACCAGGCAGCACCCUUUGGAUGACUUUGACCAUAUGUUCGGCAUUUACUGGCCCAAGCCCGCCAGGCUCAUGAUCAGCUUCGUUGAGACAGUGGUAACUGGGCCCAUGAACGGCUGCUGGAAGCGGCUGCUGAUCAUGUGGGCGGGCUACUGGCUGUACCAAGGGAAGAGGCUGCCCGUGACAGUCAUGAACAACUCCGACAACGAGAAUGCUAGGGCAUACUUUGAGUCCUUCAUUCGGCACAUGCAGUUUUACCCGUGCCAGCCUCCUGUUCCGGGCAUGGAAUUCCAGUUUGUGGGUGUCCGCGUCCCACAAUAUCUUAUUAAUUGA